CUUUGACUGAAAUCUCUGAAUGAUGUCUAUGCUAGAGUUGCAUAGAAGUGCAGGUCUCCGCAAGAUACCAGAAAGAUGUCGCCAAAGAUAAUUGUGCCGAAUGACAUUGACAAUGAUAUCGGUUCUGAGAUUGAAGAAGACGACGACGACGAUUCCCAGGACGACCCGUCCUUGGGAGAAGAAUGCGAAGACUCUGAUGAUGGCAACAACAUCAAUUGCGCCGUUAAACAGAAGCUGGUCAUCUAUACGGCUGAGACUCUACAAAUCUCUGUUAUUGUUGCCGCAGUAGUCUCUUUGCUUUUGGGAUUCAUUGUAGGUUACAUAUUUUCCCGGCGAUUUCAUCCCCCAUCUCAAUAUCCAGACACACCAUUUAUAGAGCAACGCAACCAUUUGGAGGGGUAUUCUUUUGUUGAUAUAUCUUGUUUGUAAGUCGGCUAAUUGAUU